AUGAAAAGCUUCGUGCCCUUCCUGCUGCUCGUGCACGUUUCCCAUCAUGCCUCAGGGGUGGAGGUCUAUCAGGUGUAUGAGGGGGAGGAGUCUGUCCUGCUGCCCUGUCAGGUACCUGUCAAUGUUUCCAGUAGCUCCACAGCAGUGGUCUGGGACCGUGAUGAGUUCAAGAUCCCAACAGUCCACAUGCGUGUGCAGAGCGGAGAUGAUAUUCUGAAUGAUCAGAACCAUCGUUACACCAACCGAACAUCGAUGAAAGCCGACGCCCUGCAGACUGGAGACCUCAGCCUCACCCUGAGGAACCCUACAGUCUCUGAUGGUGGAACCUACACCUGCAUCGUUCGCAAAUAUGGACAAGAUCAGAGCAAGACCCAUGUGCAACUGAAGGUCAAAGAGCGUCCUCCGACUUGGCUCUGGGCUCUCUUUGUUGUCCUGGCUAUCUUGGCUCUCCUGGCUGUCAUUGGGAUCGUCAUGUGUUAUAGAUAUAAAUGGAUCAAACGCCCAGCAGACAGCCAGGUAUUGAUGGUGGAGAUGUCGGAGGGAGACCAGAAGUCUGUCCUGCUGCCCUUUAAGACCACAGAGGAUCUUCCCCAGGACGCCACAGUGGAGUGGAGACUCACUGACCCCAAACACAUGCAGGUUCACGUGUAUGAAAGUGGAAAAAAUCAGCCGGACAAACAGGACGAAGUGUACCAAGGCCGCACGGAGAUGAAUGAAGAGCCACUGAGAGAUAAAGACCUCAGUCUGAAACUAAAGGAACCCCGCAUUACUGACACCGGAGUCUACACCUGCACCGUCAGCAGCAAGGAUGGAAGCCUCCUACUUCAGAAAGUGGUGUCUCUAACUGUCAGAGGUGAGUGGAACAGCUUUGAUUGUUAUCUGGAUCCUCCAUAA